AUCCAAACUCCGCUACUAUCAUCGUAGGCCAAUAGCUUAUAGGCCUUACUUAUACCACACAUAAUCAAAAUAUGGUAUUUAGUUAUCCCACCUAUAAUCAAAUUAUGAUCUUACCUAAUAUCUUAUUUAUAACUUGGUUCAAGUAAACUAGUCCAAACUUUCAACAUUUAAUGAAAAAGGGCAGAAUCCUACAAACAGAAACUUAAUUUGACACAUCCAACAUAUAUUGUAAGGUACCAUUCUUAUUCACCACCAUUUCAUCUUCAUUCUUCUGAUUAACUUUGUUUCAAAGAUGAGCAAAUUAGAGCUGGUGUUUGUACCUGCUCCGGCCGUUGGUCAUCUUGUUUCAACAUGUAAAUUUGCAGAGAAUUUACUCAACAGAGAUCAAAGGUUAUGCAUAACAAUUUUCAUCAUAAGGCCACCUGCACCAUGGGAUGCAGGUAUAGAUUCCUACAUCAAGCGAUCCUCCUCUACUCCCGAGGGCAGUAGAAUUAGAUAUAUCACACUUCCUCAAGUCGAACCUCCAUCUUCAGAAGAGCUAGAAAAGUCGUUAGAGAAUUACUUCUCUCUUUUAAUAGCAAGUUAUCGACCCCUCGUCAAAGAUGCAAUUAUCAGCAACAAAUGGCCUGAUUCGAACCCGAAAAUCAUUGGACUAGUCAUUGAUAUGUUUUGCAGUUCAAUGAUUGAUGUAGCAAAUGAACUUGGAAUUCCUUCCUAUCUUUUCUUCACUUCUGGUGCAGGUUUUCUUGGUUUCUUGUUUUACCUAUCCGUUUGGCAUGAAAAAUUCGGGAGAGAAUUUAAUAAAUCUGAUGCUGAUUUAAAGAUAUCAGCCUAUGAUAAUCCUGUACCCUCAAAAGUCUUGCCUUCAUUCGCGUUCAAUAAAGAAGGUUACAACUCUUUCCGCGAACAUGGUGUUAGGUUUAAAGAAACUAAAGGAAUUCUUAUCAAUACAGUUGCUGAAUUCGAAAAUCAUGCUGUACAUGCCUUAGCAUCUGACCCUGAAUUGCCUCCAUUUUACACUGUUGGAUUUCUUCUUGACCUUGAGGGCCAAAAGAGUAAGGGAAAUUCCAACUCUGAAUAUGAAGAAAUCAUGAAAUGGCUAGACCAGCAGCCACCUUCGUCUGUUAUUUUUCUUUGCUUUGGAAGCUCGGGGAUUUUUGAGCCACCACAACUAAUCGAAAUGGCAAUUGCACUUGAACAAAGUGGAGUAAGUUUCUUAUGGUCAAUACGUCGGCCUGUAGAUGAUGAAUAUGCAAAACUUGAGGAGAUUUUGCCAGAGGGAUUUUUGGAGAGGACUAAAAAGAAAGGAAUAGUAUGUGGUUGGGCACCCCAAGUCGAUAUCUUGGCUCACGAAGCUACUGGAGCGUUCGUGUCUCAUUGUGGAUGGAAUUCGACUAUAGAAAGCCUAUGGCACGGAGUUCCAAUUGUGACAUGGCCCCUUUACGCUGAGCAACAAAUCAAUGCGUUUCAAUUGGUGAGAGAUCUUGAGAUGGCAGUGGAGCUGAGAAUGGAUUACAGGAUGCGCGGUAGUGAUCAUGGUGAAACUGUGAAGGCAGAGGAGAUGGAGAAAGCUAUAAGAUGCAUAAUGGACAGUGAAAAUCCCGUGAGGAAGCGAGUUAAAGAUUUGGGAGCGAUUUGCAGGAACGCAUUGAUGGAGGGUGGAUCUUCCUUCAUUUCUAUAGGAAGAUUCGUCGAAACUAUCCUUGAUUCCUAGAAUUGAGAUGAGAAGAAUUUUAGAUUCUAUAUUCUGUUAAGAUAGCAGAAUCUUAUGCUACUUUCGAGGAGUGACUAGAAUGAAACUUCAUUUAUGUUAAUCAAAUAAGAGUUGUUGCUAAGGUAUGAGCUGUACUGUUUGAAUUCUCCAAAAAUGUUGUUGUACUCGUAUCGGAUCCCCCAAAAAUAUACUAUUUUGAUGGAUUCGUCACAUACUAGUAAUAUUUUUGAAGAAUUCGGGCAACCUAGAGUACGAGUGUAUUUGUCCAUUAAUAGGUGGUUCCUAAGAGUUAAGGCCUCACAGCAUUAAUUUGCUAUUUCUGUAAAAAUCAACAUUUCUCUGAACUAGAAUCUUUAAUCUCUUGUCUUGGGAUAAAUGAAAGACUGGCUUUAGAAGCAUCAUUUGCCAAAUUGUACUGUCUUUAGUUAGUAAUUUAGCGGGUCCUAGCUCAAAGUUCAUAUUGUUUAUUAAAAAAAAAAAAUGAAGCUCCUGGUUCAUUAAUCACAUUGGAAACUUUAUGUAUA